GACUCUUAAUUUGAAAUAAUGCUCAUGAAUAACCAUUUGGAUUUAGAAGGGGUGGGGAUUGUUAAUAUCAGCUCCUCUGCCGCUUCGGUUUAUCCACAUUGUUAUUAAAAGUAGGUUUCCAGGCUGCAGAGCUGAUUCAUUAGCUGGGAUCCUUUAGUGAAUGCCGAUAUUUGCAAUGGUGGCAAAUUGCAGUAUUGCAGGCUAACUCUGCCCACUGCCAGGAAUUCAGUCCUGACAGGUUCAAAGUUGACGUAGCCUUCUAUCUUCCUGAGGAUUACUUUUCCAGUUAAAUAUUAAUUAUGCCAGUGGAAUGGAGAAAUUGAGUAAUCAAGAACUUGAGAAUUUAGCUUCUUCAACCCAUGAUCAGGACAAAGGCAGUGUGAAACAGGGCAGUCACCGCAUUAACAUGUUUCCUUUGUGCAGAAAUCAUGGAGGGAGUAAACGAAAUCAAGGCUACUAUAGUACACAAGAACAGUCUGGGAGCAGUACUAACAACUUGAGCAAUAGUCCACAAGUCCAAGCCCCAGAGAAAGUGACUCUUGUUGUAGAUGGAACAAGAUUUGUUGUAAACCCACAAAUUUUCAUAGCCCAUCCUGAUACAAUGCUGGGAAGAAUGUUUGGACCAGGACGAGAAUAUAACUUCACUCGUCCAAAUGAGAAGGGCGAAUAUGAAAUUGCAGAAGGCAUCAGUGCUGCUGUUUUUCGGAUUGUGCUGGAUUAUUACAAAACUGGAAUCAUUCACUGUCCCGAUGGAAUUUCUAUUCCUGAUCUCAGAGAUACUUGUGACUAUCUUUGCAUCAAUUUUGAUUUCAACACAAUCAGGUGUCAAGAUUUAAGUGCAUUAUUGCAUGAACUGUCUAAUGAUGGGGCUCAUAAGCAGUUUGAUAGCUAUCUGGAAGAGUUAAUCCUGCCAAUAAUGGUUAGUAGUGCUAAAAAAGGAGAGCGUGAAUGUCAUAUUGUCGUAUUAACGGAUGAAGACAUAGUGGACUGGGAUGAAGACUAUCCACCCCCAAUGGGGGAAGAAUAUUCACAAAUUCUAUAUAGUUCUAAGCUCUACAGAUUCUUCAAGUAUAUUGAGAAUCGGGAUGUUGCAAAAACUGUUUUGAAAGAACGUGGCCUCAAAAAUAUAAGAAUUGGCAUUGAAGGUUAUCCCACUUGUAAAGAGAAAGUGAAAAAGAGGCCUGGAGGACGCUCUGAAGUUAUCUAUAACUAUGUUCAACGUCCAUUCAUCCAGAUGUCUUGGGAAAAGGAAGAGGGAAAAAGUCGGCAUGUUGAUUUCCAGUGUGUUAGAAGCAAAUCUCUAACAAAUCUUGUAAUGGCGGGUGAAGACAUAGCAGAAGAUCAAGAGAUUGUGUUGCAUCACCCUCCCCAGGUAGACGAGCUUGAUCGAUUAAAUGCACCAUCCUCUCAAAUGGAUGCUAAUGAAGUGGCAGAUUAACUACGCAGCACAAAUGGCUCUUAAAUGAACUUGAUUUGGCUUUUGGAUGGGGACUUAAUGCCCACCUCAGAGCAGAAAUUUCUUGCCAUGGUUGCUAUAGUUCCUAAAAUAGUCUCUUCAAGCCCAGGGGACUAUUUUUAUCAAAUUUGCUUCUGGGGUGGAGGCAAGCAUUCUCUUAGGAGAACUGGAAAUCUAAGGAUUGAGUUAACAUGCCGUAGCGAAGUAAUUGAAUUGGAACUAAAACAAUGGAAACAUAUUUUCAACUCACUUGAACUGAAAGGAUUGAUUGAUUAUGUGACAUCAAGUCGUUUUUUUUAUUCCUACCACUUAAGAUUUUCUCCAUGAUGAUCUAUCCCUAAUUUGUUUGUUCAAGUCUCCCAACAGUGCAGUUCCAAUGCCCCUGCAACUAUCCAUCCAUCUUGCUGCUAGUUGUCCUCUUCUCUUUCCUUCCUGCUUUCCCAGUAUUAGAGCCUUUUCUCUAAAGACUUUGUGUAAAAUAUUAGAAGUGAGAUAAUUUGACUCUGGUCAUUUGUGCCUCGAGUGAUAAUUCUACAUUGAUUUGUUUGAUGUUCUAUUGAAUUGCAAGGAAUGCAUAAAAAUAUGUACACUGACUCAGUUUUAAAAGGUACGAUAUCAUGAAGGAUUCCAUUGUGGUAUUACAACCAUUGACAUUGUCAUAGCAAUGAGUUUGAUACCCUUCAUCCUCCAUUACCUGGCUGAGAUAAGAUACUUAUACAGAAACAUCACUCCUACAAUGCAUGCACUUCUGUCAUCUUUCUUUUCAAUUUCCUAUCCUAACACUGAUAUAAAAACUCAAAAAGGAAGAUCAGACACAAGGUAAGCACCUACAGAGAAAAAUUGGAAUCUGUGAAUGCCCAAUGGACCACUCAAAUUAGUUACAAGGAAAGAACCCAUUCUACUUUACACAUAUGACUAAGUAGUGUUUACUGGAAAUAAAACUACUGGAAUAGAAAGGAAAGUACCACUUGGAGAAAACAAUGUGUCAUCUUGGGCUCAAACAUUCAAGCAGUAACACUGGAUGAAUGAAUGUGGCUGAACAUUCCCCCCCCCUCCCCCAAGCAAAGGCUGCAAAGCAGCAUCUCUUGAAGGCAAAGAACUUGUGGAAGGAUUCCACAGCAUUUUUAAGAAAGUGACUUUUCGGGAAAACCUGCAUUACAGUAGCUAUCAUAUGAGUCUUGAAUAUGGAAAAGGCUUUGUUUCAUAUAAUCCAUCCUCUUGGCUAAGAAUAUUAAUCUUUGAACUUUGAUACUAGCAAGGAUGUCAGGUUUCAUGCCAUCACUUCUCAACAUUUUGGCUAAGAGAAGUUGUUUGGAGGAGUAAGUUUCCUAGCUGUCUCAGCACCUUGGGACAAUCAGGAUACUUAAGGCUGGCCCUUUAAUCAAUUAGGAAACAUAAUCAGCAGGACCAGUAGAAAGUCAUAUAUAGCAGGGCUUCUCAAACUCAUAUACUGCACUUCACAAAAUGAUAAAAUGAAUUUGUAUGAUCCCUUCCCCCCAUUAAUUUCUAUUGGGAUUAUGGUUGGGCGAUAAAUAUUGUACCUUUUUAAUAAUUAAAAUUGAAUUCAUGUAUCAAAUCAAGCCAUGAUAGAACUUUACAUUUAUACUCAAAACGACAAACAGUAAAAUGAAAAGCUAAAAUUUUUAGUGAGAAGGAUUUUUUAGUUUUGUGCAAUUCCUAAAAUCUGGGUUUCAUUUUAAAGACAGCUUUUUUCAUUCUAAAGUUCGGAGUGGGAAGAGGGGAGAAAAGCAAGUCUAAAGUGCUGCGGUUUACAAAACGCUGGCGGCCUGUCAGUUGCUUUUGGCAUUGGCAUUCUCCCUGCACUGCCCCUUGACAGAAUAGUCACAGCACAUAUUCUUUCACUUCAGUUCCCCCCUUCCCUUUUUUGUAACUCUCAGCAGGUGAGUUGGCAUUAGAUGCUCUGCAUGGAAGCUUUGUGCCUUACAGGCAUGAUUGCUUCUCCAUUGAAAGAGAAAGGCAGUUUGUUAAAGCAAAAAGAACAUUAUUUAAGGCUCUGGAACUUUCAGGAUACUUUUGCAUCAGACUGGAAAGCCUACUCAGAAAGACAAGGAAACAUUCCAGACAACUCUCUAUUAUUUCAUGACCCCAUUAAGGAUUGUGACCCACACUUUGAUUAAUGCUAGGAAUGGCUGGGUUUAGUGAAGGCAUUUACUAGUGAUUCCGCAUGGAACAAAAUAUAGAGUUUCAUUGAUAGUAGAAGAGCAGCUACUUUCCCUGAUACAACAGCAAUUGUGGAUUUCUCCAUCCAUUUAAGAUGCAUCAUUGUGAGAAUAAAGAACGGAUAGCCACAGUCCAGACGGUUGGGUUCCAUCUGCUAUUGCAAGGAAUGGUAUAGUUUUGGAGAUAUGCUCAAUUUUGGAAUGGAAAACGAGCUUUUAAUGCAGGUGAGAAAAUGUUGCAGAAGUUUGUGGAUGCUUCCUUUGUCCACAGCAUAUACUGGAGUGAGUAUAGAACUGGAGCUACAGAAUCCCUGAAACUACAAAGAUAUCAAUCUCCUGCAACUGAUCAAACCAGGAGGCAGCUUAUCAUAUAUUUCCUUAUUUCUGGGUUGAACUUCCACCCUUGAGUCAGUAGAAAACUGUUAGUGUGUCCUCUAUCCCUAUCUCUAUUGCCUUGAAUUCAGUCAUCUAACUUUACUCCCAGGUGACAAAGCGUAUCAGAUAAAGACUGCACUUGGGCUGCGUCAGAAAGAGAGAAGCUAUUUUCACACUAAUACAUGUAAGGAUGACUUAGAUCUAUCUUGCUCAUGGACUGUAGUUGAUAUGAAGGUCAUAUCACGGGGCACAGGAGAAAUAAAAAUGUCAUCAAGGGUUUAUUAGCUACAAUCGGAUCUAAGUGGAGAAAAGCCAGAAACUGAGUAAAAAAGCAAGAUGGGGAAUUGGCGUCUGCCUUAUACAAUUAAUGUCUUUAAGAUGUGUAUAAAAUGAAUUGGGUUAGUAUUCUCUUUGAGCUAUUAAUGGCUGAAUAGUUUCAGCCAGGGAAGAUAAUGAGCACUUUAAUGUAGACUGAUAAAUACAGAUUUAUAGAUCAGUUAGACUGCAGGGUUUCUCAACUGUGACCAUUUUAAGGCAUGUGGACUUCAACUCCCAGAAUUCCACAGCCAGCAUUGCUGGUUGUGGAAUUCUGGGAGUUGAAGUCCACAUGCCUUAAAAUGGUCAAGGUUGAGAAACACUGAGUUAGAGAAACCUCAUGGAUCAGUAGAAACACAGCUGGAAUACUGCUGAAUUUUAUUGGCUUGAAUAUCAGGCUGUUUGUUCCCAGAAGGGCUUGCUAGAACUAGUGUAAGUCCUGCUGGACUUGAUUAGAAUUUUGCUGUUUCUUUAGGGCAAACUUUUCAAUCCUGUGUUGUUUCACAACACAUGGAGCUUACAAUUGAAAUGUGUUUUUUUUUAAAACAGAUGCAUCCAGCACUGAGCUAGAUAAGUAGGAUCUUUAUAAUAUAUAUAGUUCCAAUGUCCUGAGCAAUCAGUGUAUAAUUGAAUGGAAAAUUCAAGCUUCUUUAGUCACUAGACAUUGAUAAGUAUCAUUUUGAGGCAAAAUAUAACUUCCUACAAAAAAAAGGAAUUGUCCAACAUUAUAACUCCAGACAGCUUUUAGAUUAAAGUUUUCAAUCAAUCUGUCAUCUUCACUUCCAAAAUAGAUUAACACAUUUUGGUAUUAUUUCAUUGCAGAAUCAUUAGGAUAAAGCAGACUUAAUUUAAUUUCUGUACACAUUUAGUCAAGAGCCAGUUUGAUAUGGUGGUUGUGCAGUGUUUCUCAAUGGUGGCUGUGGAAUUCUGGGAGUUGAAGUCCACAUGCCUUAAAAUUGUCAAGGUUGAGAAACACUGGGUUAAGGCAUCACGUUAUAAACUGGAAGUCUGAAUUCUAGUCCUGCCUUAGGCACAAAGCCAACUAUGUGUCGUUCAGCAAGUUGUUCUUUCUCAGCCCUAGCAGGUAAUGGUAAACCAACUCUGAAACUUACCAAGAAAAUUUCAGGAACUUUUCCAGGCAGUCAUCAGGAGUAGACACGGACUUGAAGGCAGCAGGAAAAACACACACACACAAACACAUAUUUACAGUAAUGGGAAUUUCAGAAAAAGACAUACAUUUCUGUAUCAGAAUUCAAUAGCCAACUAUAAAGCUACAAUCAGGGACGUUCAAAAAAAAUCUACAUAUUCUUCUGAAAGGAUUCUCCCCUUUACUGUCAGGGAAACAAGUCAUUUUGCAUCUUUUAAAGAUAAUUUUAUCAUAAAAGAUAAUUUUAUCAUUGUUUUAACUUUGUACGCCGCCCUGAGUCCUUUGGGAUUGGGCGGCAUAUAAAUACUAUAAUAAAUAAAAUAAAUAAAUAAUGACCAAUAAAUUAUCCAAAGAAUGAUUUAAGUAUUGGAAAAAAAAUGUAUCUACUGUAAUCUUAAAAGUUGGUCAUAUUCAAAGACAACAUUACAUUGGCUAAUACAGUUAUCUCCAACUUUAGUAAAAUUCAGAAUAGAAUUGGAAGAUUGUAUUUUGAUACUGUCUUAACCGUGUUUUCAGGGCAGGGAUGGCAAUCAAAGUAUUGCUGAGUUUGGAGUGACCUUGUACUUCCUGUUUGAAUAUAUCCAGUGAGAGCAUUCCCCACUUGAUAAAUGCCAAAGUUCUCUUAAUAUUAAGGGGGUGGAAGUUUUUUUUCCCUUUCUGUUCAAUUACAAUCUGCCUUCUUAUAAUUUGAAAUGAUUUAUAGAGCAUCUUGCACUUUGGAAUGAUGGAGAACCUGCCUUGUCCUUUUCAUUCAGGUACAGUAUUCCUUCAGGUACAAGAAUAUUGAUAUCACCCUGCCCUUUUCUUUUUCAAAGCUAAGCAUUUCUAAUUCCUAAAUCUUUGUAAUAAGACUUGGUUUCUAAUUCCCUGCUAAUUCUUAUUUCCCUUUCUGAAUCUGUUUAUCUAAAUCUUUUUAAAACUGUGGUACCUAGAAUUGUAUGCUGUAGUCAAUAUGGGGACCAGUGAAUGCAAAAUCUUACGCAAGCCACAUUGUAAACUAAGUUUGAAUAAGCAGUACAAUCAGCUCAUUCUCAUACAAAUUAAAUAUUUCCUUGGAGGCCAAUCAUCUUCUAGAGACAAAUUUGUUUUAAAUUUGGCCAUUUCUAAAUUGGUUGACAAUUUUUUUUCCAUUGUUGAAAUGUGAAUAAUGCACAUUUGAUUAAGAUAUCUAAUGUACUCCGUGGCAUUUACAUGUUGCUGGACUACAUUGUUCAACAAUGCCAAAAAAUCAUGAUUGAUGGUGAAGGGUGCAGGGCACCAUAGUUCAGCAACAUCUGGAGGCCAUAGCUUUCUUGCACCUAGAAAAAUUUGCUGUAGCAGAUAUAAGGCAAUGAUUAUGCCAUUGGACCCAGAUCCAAGUCACAAUUUUAGGAAAAUCAUUAUUUCAGUGGGUACAGACCAAAUCUGAAUCUAACUCACUAGAUAGAUAAAAUAAAAAGCAACUUUUAAAUCAAAACGAUGACAAAUUCAGGUCUGUGAAGUUUAGGCUCAUUGUAUCCCAGUGAACUGAAUAUUACCUAUCUCACAUACAAAGGCCAGCAGCACUUCUUGUAGAAUCACUCUGAUCUGUAGAGUGAGCUGUAGAGGCAAUACAAUUCAGAAGUUAUUCACACAGGUUUAUUCUAAAAAUAUAUUUCUUAACUGAUGCAAGUAUUUAUUUUCCCAUUCCAUUGCAUUUCGGAAAAUGGAAAAUUUCAAUUCAGGAGUAAUUACAACUUUAUUCUUUUAUUAUUGUGAUUUAUAAGUUAAUUCAAUGCUUAGCAUUUAGAAAAUCAUGUGGUUUCAGUAUUUUUUGUAAAGGUAAUUUUAUAUACUUCAUAGACUUUAUUAAAAUACUUUUUAAUCUGUU